UUUUCAUCUGUUGUUUGUCUUAAAAUAGAUUUCUGUGCGGGUCGCAAUGAUAUUUCAGUUUUGUUUGUGUAACGCCUUCAUGUGACUUUUCAGUUUUUUCAUAAGACCUUGAACUAGAAAUCUAUCAGAGUGCCGUAAUCAAGGUUAGGUUCGCGCGGGCGAUUCAUCUCGCAUAAUUAUUGUUUAUUUCUAUAUUGUUGCUGAUAAACUGUGUAAAAUACAUUAAAUACCAUAAAAGUGCAUGUAAUUAGCGUAGUUGGAGUCCUAAUAAGUGAUUACAAACGUUAAAAUCUGGUUCCGUGAACCUAACCUAAAAAACCGACUUUAUUUAGUGCAGUUUUUUUUGCAAGUACAGCGAUACGACGGAUUAACCGUUAUCUCGUUGGCGUGCGCGUGUUAUUACAGCUAUUGGAAACAUGGAGUCUCACAUCCUGAACACGUAUCACCAGGCGCGCUUCCGCCCCAUCGGCCACAAGAUCCUUCGCAUGAAGAGCGACUCUCUCUCUUCGGAGAGCAGCUGCACCCAGAACAGUCCGGAGUACCCUCAGAUCAGCGUACCGCAGCAGAGGCACGCGCCCAGCAGCCAUGGCCAGUGGGGGCAGGAGCAGACUAUGAACACAACCCAAUCAAGUCAAGACACAAGUUCAGACGAUGAAAGCUCCGGACUGGAAGAGAGUAUGGAGGAACUUGACGAGAACGAAGUGCAAGAGAACGGCGAUGACAGCGGUGAUGAACUAGGUGAUAGUAUAGUAGUGCACGAAGUCGACGUCGGUGAUGAUGACGAUAAUAUCGAAGGAGACGAUGAUAACGACGUCAUACAUCCAAAUUCAGUCCAUAACUUACACAUAGGACCUAACAGCGUAGAAGAUAAUACUCUCGUCGAAGGACACGACUAUGAUGUCAUAACUGUCUACGAAGUUAACCCUGAUUUGGAUUUAAUAGAAGCUUCCUCUGAGGAUGAGAGAGAAGUAGAUUACGUCAGCGAAAAAGAUCCCACAGAAUGUGUCAACGGCGAUGACAGUCCCAGAUACAAAGAUGUUAGUUAUCAAGAAUCAAGUACACUAUGCCAGGAUGGUCUAGAUAUAAACUUAGAUACUCCAGUCGUUUCAAAUGUCGAUGAAUAUUUCAUUAAGAAUAAUAACCACGAACACAUACUAGACACAGAUGGGCCUGUUGUUAAAGAUGUUGACGAGUAUUUUAUAAAAGAUAAAGGCAAGGAGACGAUACCGGUUCCAAACGUCGAUGACUUCUUUAUCAAACACAAAUUACCCGAAGAGGAGAGCACACAGUUCCAUCUCCCUGUUCCUACUCCCAAAGUUGAAGAGUUUAUCGUCUCUGAUGUUAAAAAAGAUGAGGAAGAGAAUCUAGACAACUGUGAAACAGAACCCGAACAAGACAACAACGCUGAUGUAUCUAUUAACGAGUCUGAUUUAGAAGUACUACCCAACAUUGAAGAUCUUAAAAGGUAUCUCUUAGAAGAUAUGACGUACACUAAGUUCAGGCACAUACAGAAGUCGUGUUCGGUGCCUCAGUCUCCAAUGCAGAACAUCUGCAUGGACAUCGAUGACGUCAAGACGUGCAUGAGCUUCGAAGAUCUAAACUUGGAUCUGUCUGACCUCGCCUUUGAUAAUGACAAGGAUAAGUCGGACAGUGCCAACAAGAGCGAUGACAUGCCAAGAACGCUGACAGACGAAGAUGUCAACAGCUUCUUAAUAACCAACAAAACUGAAACUAAAGUGACACACGAGGAAGAUGACUUGAGCCAUCAAGACAUGGAAAUCGAAAGGCCACUGGAACCUAUCAUCGAAACCGCGCCAAAAAUAAUAGAAGUGCCUUCAAGAAAGAGGACGUCCACUCCAAUACCAACUGUACUCGAAUUCUGCAUAGAGAAAACUGCUGUCAAGAAGGAAAGUACAACCGAUUCCAAAGAGUUGGAGGACUUCGUUGACGUGGAGUCGUGUCACGAUGCCGUCAUACCAGUGCUCGAAGCGAACAACUUGAACUCUCUAUUAGAACAGUUUGAAGCAACUGAAAAACUCAAUACCAAGAAGAAAACAAUACCAGUUGUGAAAACUGAAGAUCCUAAAAUGAAGAGUUUCAAUAAAAACGCUUUGACGAAUGGUAUGCGGCUACAAGACGCCGGAGUGCAACUGAACAAAAAUAAAAUGCGGCAAAUAUUGAUGCCGACGCCAAUUAACACUACGAUCAGGCGGUCGCAAAGUCCCGUCCACUCUGACCAUGACUACUGCUCGUCGAAAAAGCGGCACAGCCUGCCCAACCUCAAGGGCGGGCAGAGCCUUCUCAAACCGGAAGUGUUGUCUAGCAAUAGCAGGAUACUCAACUCUAGGCAUAGGUCGUGUAAGAGCAAAAAAGUAGUGUACGCCCUCAGUAGUGACGAAGAAACUGAUAAUAACGCUAAAAACAAAAAAGUGACCAAACCGGACGAUGUAGACGCUAAAAAGAAAGCCAGUGUAAAGCCGAGUGUCAAACCGCCAGUGCAGUCGAACUGUCGCAAAAAACUGUCACCCCCCCACAGUGCGCCCGAUAGUUUUAAAGAUAAACCCAACAGUUCUGUGAUGAUCAAAAGUGCUUCUAAAGCGAGUGAUAAUUGUAGUCAAAAUUCUAACGGUAGCAUUAAGUUAACUAUUAAAAAUAAAUCUGAAGUUAUACUAAACUGUGAUCACGUAGACUCUCAGAAAGAUAAAAAUAUAGACAAGUGUAAAAAUAGUGUUAGGGAUAAAACGAACAAUGUAGAAAAACAGGAGAAGAGUAAGGAAUUAGAUAGGAACAAAGCUAAAGUUGUAAAUAGUGUAGAGACUGUUAUUGUAAAGGAAGAACCCCGUCCGAAAAACGAGAACUUUUAUACUACGUUGUUUAGUAACAAGCAAGACGUGCAGGUGCCCCAGGCCAUGCAGCCCAAGACUGAGAAGAGGCAGUUCGAUGAGGAGCUGAACAAGUGCAUGCUGGAGGCCGCCAUCAAGAAGGAGACAGAGCAGCCACUCAAGAAGAAGAAGCUCAACCUCCAGGAGUACAAGCUUAGGAGAGGCGUGUGCUCGAACAACAGCUCAGCCACAGUGAGCCCCGAAGCUAUAUUCCCAGACAUGCCAAGCCCCUUACUAGACAAAGCCGUCAAAUGCCCCAUCACACAGACCCCUCCCAAUGGCUUACUGAAUACAGCUAACAAAGUAAACAACGAACAAAAAUUCUUCGAUCCCAUCAAAGAGGCUUCUAGAAAAAUCUUAAUGAACACUAAGAAACAAAAGGCUGAGGCGACAAGAAAGAGAGACGAAGAUAUAGUUAUGAGUAAGAUACCUAAGGUAGAAAACUUACAGCUGCAGCCGUUGAUAAGUGACGCGGAGAUGAUGAAGAUUGUGGGGAUGACGCAGCCAGAAGUGACACCUGCGCCGGCGGUCAAUGAGAAACCACAGCUAUCGGCAGACUACCAGGAAAUAAUUCUCGUGAGCAUCGGAACGAACACAGACGACACCAUGUUCAAGCAAUAUGAAGAACCAAUUGAAAAAAUGAAAGCUACCUCCCCAACAGCUGACUCCAAAAACCUCAUUAAUUUCAAAAUAAAGAAAUCAGACCAUGUACUGAAACAAAAUGUCUUUGAUAACGUUAAGAGAGACAAAAGGAGUCCAGUCGACGACAAAAGGCAUGCUGAUGUUAAAAUAGACAAGGAAAGAUACAAAGAUAUCACAGCGACAUUAAAAAGUGUUGAAAAACAAGUGGAGACCAAAAUAUCAAGUAAUUCAUUAUUCGCGAGCAUACAAGAUGUGGUCAUGAAGAAAGCUCCCGAAGAUGUCGAGACACAAGAUGAUAGACAUUUCAAAUUGAAGUCUCCGGUAGACAAACGUGUAUUCAGGUUCGUAAAGACCACGAUAGUCAGAGAAUACGAUCCAAAGGCUGAACACGGCGAAGACAAAGUCAUCCUACAUUUAGGAAAACACAGAAGUAAACCAAACGCAUCCAGUAUUGUUAUACAAACUGAUUCACUGCCAGAGUAUGCUGAACUACCAGUUCUACCUCAGGCCAAGGAAGUGGUGAUCACCAGGACGAGGAACGACAGUGACAUGUCACUAUCUAGUGACGGCAGUCCGUCACGCAAGAAAGAUGUGAGACAGACUAAACCUGAUGAGAGGAUAGUCAAGCCUAAAGAGGCGAGGCCAGAGCGGACAGAGGCUAAAGAGAAGCGAUCGAGAUCGAAAGAGAGAUACGAACCGAAGUACAGACGCCGGUCGAGGUCGUUAUCUCGCGGUAGGAGAAGACGCUCGAGAUCUCGCAGCAGAUCUCGAUCCCGCGGCCGUUACAGGCGCUACAGACGAUCAGACUCCCCCUACAAGAGGAAACGUAGAUCACGGUCUCCCUACCACAAAAGACGAUCUCCGUCGGUCAGACGAGAACGUUCGAUCAGGUCUAGAUCACGCUCUAGACCGACCGAUAGAUCAAAGAGUCCUGUUGCCAAAAAGUCGAAGCCUAGCCCUCAUAGUAAUGGUUCUGAUAGGAAAAUUGCCAAGUCAAUGACCCCACCCUUACGGAAACCUACUGUUUCUGAAAGCUCCGAUUCUUCUACUAGUUCAUCAUCAUCGUCUUCCUCGUCGGACUCCAGCUCGUCAGGUGGCUCCACGCAGUCGCGAGGGUCCUGCAGCCCUUACAAACGAGAUGACCAGUACAAGAAGAAGUACAGGAGUUUUAGUUCUGAAGACAGGGAGAGCAACACGCCAGUGGAGGAGCGUCGCAUAGUGUUCGUGGGCCGCCUCGAUAAGGACGUCAACAAGAUCACGCUGAGGAACCAGUUCUGCAAGUUCGGGCCCGUGCUCGAAGUGCGCCUGCACAGCAAGGAAGAUGGUUCUCGCUACGGCUUCGUGACUUACCAGCGCGCGCGUGACGCGUGGUCCGCGGUAGAGGCCGCCAACAGCUUCCCGCAGUACGACGUCGGCUUCGGAGGGCGCAGGGCCUUCUGCAGGCAGAGCUACGCUGAUCUCGAUGGUUUAGAAGCCAAAUACACGGAGAGCGCCUUCCACGGACAGGCGGCGCCGCCGAUAAGGCGAGACGACGACAUGUCGUUCGAGCAGAUGCUUCUAGAAAUGAAGAAGAAACUCAGCCAGCGAAAGAACGAGAUGAAACGUCCCGAUGACCCCAAGCCUUGACAGUUACUAACCCUUGGCCGGGCCCUCUUAAUGGCGUCCGUGACACUUGUCAAAGUGACAGUCGCUUGGUUCUAAGCAAAGGCAUGAAUCUGAUUCAGCCAAAGUGAUUCAGUGACAGUGAUGUAGUUUAUAAGGCUGUGGACUGUGAAUGUGUUGAAUUUACUAGAUGCCGGCUUCUAAGGAUAACUUGGUAAGCAUUGUCUUUAGUAUUUUUAACAAAUGUAUAAUAUGUCAGUCAUAGGCAUAAGAAUAAGUAUGACUAAAAAUAUCUAAUGUAUACCACAUGCUACGUACUGAUUAACAUUCAUAUUAUACAGGCUAUGUGUGCCUGUUAUAAAUAUUAUCAAUAUGUGAGUAUGAACGAAAUAGGAUGUACGACCGAAUAAACUCUUUAUGAUUUGUUCCACUUAUGAUAUUAAUUUUCUCUGUGUUCUAACAACUCUGAUUUUUUGGGUGCGUGCAAUGACAGUGCCUGUCAGGGAUGACAGCUGUCAAAGUGACAGUUACCGAGGCGUGCAAUCGAAAAGACGACUGCUGUUGUGUUUAGAACAAAAUUUGCUCAUUACUCAUUAGUUGUGGUUAUGAAUGAGGAACCAUUAUGUUGUAUUAUUUCUUUUUACUGUGUAGUAUAUGGACUGCCCUUAAAUAUAAGAAAAGUAAAAAAAAAAUAUCAAUUUACCAAAAAAAGGCAACAAAAGUAUGUAAAAAUAAUCACAUAAUGGUCGAUUCAAACCAAUUAGUUCAUUUUCCGUUAAAUUUUAGUUUAAUUAGUUGAAAUACCUCAGAUUGUAAAUAUAAUUUUCUUUAUCUUGCUUUGUAAAUAAUAUCUUAAGCGAUCGCGCUACCUCUUGUUACAUAGGUAUCUGUGAAAUGUGAAUCUUUCAGGUAUAUUACUAAUGUAUGACCAAGAACAGGGUCAUUAAAAAGUCAUAUUAAAAAAAUAUCUAAUAGUAAUACAAAAAAAUCUGGGACUACCACCUCUUGAAAAAUGACUUGCAAUUGUAAAAGAGGGAUGAUGCUCUACGCUGUAUAGUCUGCUGUCUCUUUCUUACAAUAGCAAGAACAUUGUAUAAAACUUGGUGGUAGGUUUCCUAUCUAAAUAUGGUUGUGUUUGAACAUUAUUACAUUAAAUUAAAUUGCUUUCGCCUAAUAUGCUUUUAUUGAUAAUGAGCUACAUUUUAAAAGCAUUUUUUUAAUAACGCAAAAAGGCAAGGAUUAAUAAAUCACCAGUGUCUACAUGAGCCAUUUCUGUCCCACUGCUGGGCUACUCCACUUUCCUCUUUAUCUAAAGAGAACUACAACUAUAUACUAUAGUAGUUUCGUUGGUUUUCAAUUUCCAAAUUGCAUAUAGAAUUAUGUGAGUAGAUGUACUUUCUUCUAUAUGUUGAUAUAAAUGUAGUUAGAUACAUCAAAUUAUUUUAAAACGAGUUCCAAAAUUGAUAUUAUCGCACAAUUAAAUGCUUCCAAGAUAUCUCCUUCUCAUCUUAUCGAAGGCAAACUAAGAUUGGGACCAUGAAGUCAUAACCCUUCUCGGCAGUUAGGUAAACACAAUGUUUGUAUGCAAAUGUAAAUACAUCAUAGAAUAUGUUGAUUUUCAAAUUGAUCUAAAUUAUCCUCUGUUUGAACUUAGCUUGAAACAAUUAAAAAAAUAUACCAUGUUGUUCCAUAUAUUCGAAGCAUUACACAGCAAUUAUCAUUUGCAUAGUUAAUAUUUAAUAAGAAGUGUUUAAAUACAAAAAACCUUCAUAUCAUUAUUAAUACUGGAUGUGACACAAUAACCCUUAAAGUAAAACUAACACAAGUUCUGGAGCGUUUUGAAAGCAAACAUUCACUUAACAACCAAACUUGUUUUCAUUAUAUUCUGAGAAAGACAACAUUUUUAAUCAGUAUAUAAAUAUAUACAUACAACAAAUGUACCAUUAUAGCAUAAUACUGUACAGUAUAACACAUCAACACUUAAGACUUAUAAACAAUAUGUAAAAGUUAGGCAUUGAUUAGAAUUCAGACAUAGGUCUAUAAUAUAGCACUAGUAUUUUAAAUACAUAUAUUUUGUAUCAAGUGUAAAAUGCGUAUAUGAAUUUGAAUUCGGUAAAUUGCUUCAUUUAAGCACUGCAUAGUGAGAGAUUUUAAAGUAGUUUUUGUAGGAGCAAGAUGACGAUAGUGCCAUCUUGCUUCCACAAUCCCAGUUCUGCUUUAAAAUCUCAUAGUAUAAGCAAGUAGCUAAAAUAGCUGAAUCACCAUCAAAAUUGUAAUUCAAAAACGUAUCCUAAUGCAAAAGCCUAAGGCUUAAAUUAGUUCUACAUUAGUAGUCUAGAUUCCAGAAUAGUUUAGCGUAAAAUAAAGCUUCCAAUGAGAUUUUACCUAAGUGCCAAAUAAUAAACACUGUUCCUAUUUUGUAAUUAUCGAAUUAUGGACCCCUAGUCAACUGACAAUUAUUCCUUCUUCAAUAACCUUCGAAUUUGUCAAAAUUGUGAGAGUGACAGCAUUUGUCACGUGACAACUCGAAGUUAUCGAUUUUUAAUGAGCAGGAUGGUCAGUUGUCUACAGGAUCGAAUUUAUAACACAAGCUUUCAUACAACUUUCUGUUAUAAAUAUUAUGUUUAUUUAAUUAUACCAACUUAACAUGUCUUUCGUUCUACCAUAACAAAAUAUUGUAAUCUCAGAUUCUUCAACUUGAAACAAUUAAGUAAGCAAAUUGCAUCUUUAGAUGGUAAUACAUUUCUUCGAUAUCUGACUUUAGCGUGCAAAGGACUUUCAUAGAGGUUCGUAUAAGCGCGCAUUCGAGACUUAAACCUCAGGCAUCGGAGAAUUUCUUCAGUUCUUGUACUCAGGUCAUACUUUUUGUGUUGUACAGUUUAUUAUAGCCCAUAGGAUAACAUGUAUAGUUUGUGUUGCAUAUUUCUCUAGACCAAUACAUUUGUAAGUUUGUAAACUAAGCAACAGGUAGCACCACUAAGUAUGUACAUUUGUAUCAUAAUACCUCAGACCUUUAAUCGCCAGAAUUUGCCAAAGGAAUUGUAAUACAGAAUUUUUAUUAACAAUACAUAUUAAAUCUGUUUUAUAAUUAAAAAACUACUGAAUGUAUAACCAUUUUUUACUUUGCAACUCCGAGAAGAGUUGCUUAGGGUUGCCCACGUAGAAAAACAGCAGUUAGAUUGAUUUUGCAAAUCUAGUCAAUGUUACUAGAUGAUAUUUUUUGUUUUAUCUUUGUGGUGAUAAUUUAUUUAAACGUAAACGUUAAGCGUAGUUAUUUUUAUGGUUUUAAGUUUAAAGAUUUUAUUUCAUAGUUUCUAUCGGCUAGAGAGGUAAAGAAUUCAAAAUGGCAAUUAAAACUUAAACGAUUCGAUUAAUCAGUUAUUUGUUCGACACUUUGUUUUUGUAACUAAAUGCGUUUUAUGUUGUGUAAUUAUUUUUCCGAAUUUUGUUCCACCGACAGUGUUAUUUGCCUGGAUUGUCUAUGUAAUAAGGUUAGGAUCACUUGUGAGCUGCCAGCUGUACGCCUGUCAAUAUCCAGGUCUUCUGAUAUCUGAUGAAUUUGACAGAUGUAUGGCGCGAACACAAAUCAUUCCCGCCCAUUUUUGACAGCUGUCAUACAGUCAGCACAUUGUAUACAAAUACUGCUUUUUUAAAUAUAUCUAAGGAAUGCUAAGUAACGUGAAUGAAAAGACUAUAGAUAGUACAUAAUUUUGUACGUAUUUUUAAAUUUAAUCAGCUAAACGAGUCAUUAAGAACAUAGAAUCAAUACUCUUUAAACAUAAGAUCAUGGCUUUUUAGCAUUUAGGAAUUGUUUAAGAUUACGUUAUUAGUUUAAAUAUGAAAUUUCUUGUUUUAUAUUACAUUUUGUGUAGUAGUGUACAUCUUGAUUUCGUUUUGUGACUAAUCUAACCACUCUGUUAGGGACACAUGUUUUGUAUAAGAAUUUUAUACAUCUCGGUUUUAUAAAUCUUAAUUGUUAGCUCUUAAGAUUUAAAAGUACCUAUGUUAAAAUGAUAAAUUGACUUUAAAAUACAUUCAUUUACUUUAUGGCGCUACUGUCAACCAAAAAUCAACUAAUUAUGUUUUUUUUUAUCUUAAAAUAAUUAAUUGAAAAAAAUAGAAAAGCUCAGUAGUGUCAUAGGUGAAAUCAUGACGUGUUUCGAACUAAAUAGUUCAUAAAAUUUCUUUAUAAUGACUUGUUAUCCAAUAUUAUGAAAUUUGAGGAUGUAGGCAGAAUGGAAUGACACUCGUAUUUGAAACAUUAAAAAAUCGUUACAUGAGUUCUGUAUUCAAACGUGAAAUUAAAUCAUGUGACGUCACUUCCUAGCAAUGUUUUCGAAUACGGGUGUCGGUUAUUCGCUUAGCUUGAACCGUAUGCGCCUGAGAAUAAAGCUGAUAUUCGUACAGUUUCUACACUACGGGGUUGUAGUACAUAUUGAAAGUCCAACAUAGUGUUGAUAGUACAUAGUGAGAAUGUUUUAUACAUAAAGCUGUUGAUAAAUAAAAGUAUUUUGGACAUAA